GUGCGAUCACAUGGUCGAAAUGGCGCUUGUUACUUACAUCACUUAGCCUUUCUUUUUACUACCACCUCGAUUUCCUUGCUGGAGAUGUCCGAGCGACUUCCCGCUCAAUUGGUGUUCGAUUCGGCAUCAGUUCCGCGCCAAAGACCAAGAGCCAGAGCUGUGUCUGCCAAAUGCUGCUGUUACAGCUUCGCUUUGAUCAUCGCCGCCUUCGUUCUCUGCGCCUUCGCACUUCUGGCGCAGACAACCUACAAAAUCGCCCGCAACAUAGCUUCGCCCCACGAAGAUCUGACCGCAAAGAGCACGAGCAUUGACGUUAUCAAACCCCUGAUUAACAGCACCUCCCGUUUCGACAUUCUGGCUACGGUCUGGCUUGAUGUCACUCAGCAUGUCGCAGCCGGCAAGCAGCUCCCGUCGGAGACUAGGGUGGUCACAUACACGUCUCCCGCUGGUCCGGAGCGGUCGGAAGCUAUUCUAUUCAGCGGUAACAUUGUCGCCAAUACUACUAUGUUGAGCCGUGUGCACGGCAAAGCAAGGAUCAAGGUACCGAUCGAGCCGCUGUACUCGCAGAGUCUCGGGCCUUCGACAUUGCGCGCUACCUUUCAGCUGAAGCCACAUGACCAGAGCGCUCUCGGUACAUUUGAAUCCAACCGCGCCAUCUACCCUGCUGGCUUGCCGGUGGGCCCACGUUCGCCGUCUUCCCCUUUGCUUUUCAAAGAGAAGUCAAUCAAUGAGACUUCGCGCCCAGGUACUUUUACCGAGGCUCUGGAGCAUUCUUCGGUCAAUGCGAACCUUCUGACGCUGCUUCCUAGCAAAUGGAGACUCGAGGAUGCUAUGGAUAAUUUACGGGAGCGCAAGAUGGAUGAUCUCGUGGACCCGUACUUUGACAGAUCCGCGGCCAACUGUGCGUUUGCGAACAGAGACGACGUCAAUAGUCAUGGUCGACAUUUGUACGUUGGCAAGGAGCAACAAUUGAUGAUUCCCCAUAUCAUCACCCGCACCCGCCUGGUCCUCGUGAAGGAAGAGCGAGAAUUCGAUGCUGUCCACUAUAUGAAGAGGUGGAAGGAGGCCAUCAGUCAAUUUUCCGCCGCUUGUAAGGAUAUCGCGGAACGCGCCGCUACUUGCUCGAGGCCAUACCAAUUUUCUCUCUUUGAAAACCUCAUAAGCACAAGGAUUGUAGAGGGAGAGCCUUCGCGGCAUUUUUACGCCCCUUUCCUUGUCCAACCAUGGCGAACGAUUGCACCACGUCAUCACCGAACACUGCCCCUUUCGAAGUCAUGGGAGGCUGGCGCUUUACCAGUAGAAGCGGACGAGGGAAAAUGUCUUAUUCCGAUGCUUGACGUGGACGCAUCGGGGGAGCACUUUGUCCUGGAUUGGGAUGUGCCCUUCUCAUCCCACAGCCACAUGCGCGCUUCCAUGGCUGAGACGGUACAUUCGCAGCAAUCGCUGGCGACCUCGGCCAGUGUGACCAUCCUCGAGCUACCGGCGGCGCCAAGGGUGAAUAUAAGCGAAUCUAGCGACAUCGAAUGGCAAGUCCAAGCCUACGGAUUCGGAGAUCGCGAACACCAAAAGAGCCGGCCGACCCUCUCCCUGUUGAGUCACGCUGUUGAAACUAUCUUCUGGCUCAUUUGCUUGCUACUCUUGGAGCCACUUUAUUGGUAUUCCCGAGAAACCAGCGCGGGUCUCUCUGGUCGCGGCCAGUGGAUGUUGAUCGCUGCAGCUUGCCUGGAUGUCUGGCCACAAGUCAACGUGCCGCGAAGCUUUGACUUUCUCAGCAUCACUGCUCUUCUGUACCUUCUCUUUUCAAUCGCUCCGCUGCUUUUCAUGCUGUCAGUGCUGCUCAGGCUGGAGUACGUCUCGUCGCGAAAGCCGCUGAAGCGACGGCUGCGGCGGCGUCCCGCAGAAUCAAGAGAGCGUUUGACAGCGCGUCUUGAUGGCCGCUUUGGAUGGGUCGUGCCGAUCGCUCUGCUAGCAUUUUUCCUAGCAACGAUUCGCUUCGUCGAGCCUCACAAGGUCGCCGUCAAGGCUUCGGUGGGCUGCCACCACACGGAUGAGCAGGCUCUUUCUAUCCACCUUCUACAGCUCUCGUAUGCUCUCUCUCGGUCCGGUCAAAUUCUGCAAAUGUGGCACAACGUCCAGUCUAGAUCAUUUGCGGGCAGCUUCAAGCUUUCGGUGCUUCUCACCUUUUUUGCUAUGGUCAUAGGCACUAGUAUUGAUCACGUGGAGAUCAUCGGUGGCUGGAAACCAAGCCGCGACGACAUCACCUUAAGCGAUGUCGAGGACUGGCUCCUGGCCGUCGUACUUCUGUACCAAGCGCUGUCCUUCCCAGGCGUUCGACAAGAUGCGGACGACUACAACAAGUUAUGACCCAAACGCGUAAUGGUGUAACAUCAAGAACUCUAUCAUCAGUCUUUCAAAUGGGAUAAGACGCAACUUUUUCAGAUCGUCACACGCGCAGAAAAGAUGGGGACGCGUUCUCUGACCACCACGCCAUCCC